AUGAAGAAUCUUCAGUCGCAAAAUCAGAGGGCGUCUCAGGUGGUUGGUCCACAUCAACCAAUAGUUGCAUUAGUUGAUAAUGACAUCAUUCUCCCGUGUCACAUGGAGCCUGGAGAGGAUGUGACAGCUGAGAUCUUGGAGUGGACCAGGUCUGACUUGACGCCCAGAUUUGUACAUGUGUGGCGUGCUGGUCAGGAUCUUGUGAACACAAGAAAUCCUUCAUACAGAGGAAGAACAUCACUGUUCAUCAAUGAGCUGAAGAAUGGAAACAUUUCACUGAAACUCUCCAGAGUAAAACUGUCUGAUGAAGGAACAUAUCAAUGCCACGUUCCUUUAAUGGAUAAAAAAGCUUUUGUUAAGCUUGUGGUUGAUGCCCCCACCUCUCCUGUCAUCAGUUUGUCAGGGAUUGACAGUAACAGACGUGGAGUGGUGUUACAGUGUGAGUCUGCAGGCUGGUAUCCAGAGCCUGAGCUCCUGUGGUUGGACGCUGAGGGAAACCUCCUCUCUGCUGGACCUACAGAGACCCUCAGAGGUCCUGAUGACCUCUAUACUGUCAGCAGCAGAGUGACUGUGGAGAAGAGACACAGCAACAACAUCACCUGCAGAGUCCAACAGAAGAACAUCAACCAGAGCAGAGAGACACACAUACAUGUUCCAGGUGAGACUCAGUUAAUUGGUCCAAAACAGCCAAUAAUUGCAGCAGCUGGAGAAGAUGUCACUUUGCCAUGUCAUCUGGUCCAAGUAGAAAAUGUUGCUACAAAGACUUUGGAGUGGACGAGACCUGACCUGGACCCCAGAUUUGUCUUUGUGUGGCGUGCAGGUCAGGACUUCGUAAAUGUAAAAAAUCCAGCCUACAAAGGUCGAUCAUCAUUGUUCACUGAUGAGCUGAAGCAUGGAAACAUUUCACUGAAACUGUCCAAAGUAAAACCUGCAGAUGAGGGAAGAUACAGGUGUUACCUCCCAGACAAGAAUGAAGAAGUUUUUAUUGAUCUUAUCGUUGGUGCUGUCUCCUCACCUAUCAUCAACUUAGAAGGGCUUGAUGGAGAUAAGGUUGGAGUAUUAUUAGUGUGUAAAUCUGAAGGUUGGCACCCAAAGCCUGAGGUGCGUUGGUUGGAUUGUGAGGGAAACCUCCUCCCUGCUGGACCUACAGAGACACUCAGAGGUCCUGAUGACCUCUAUAGUGUCAGCAGCAGAGUCACCGUGGUGGAGAAGAGAUGUGGCAACAAUUUUACCUGCAGAGUCGAACAGAAAAAUAUCAACCAGAGCAGAGAGACACACAUACAGAUUCCAGCGGUCAAGAGAGAACAUGGCAAUGAAUCUGAGAAACAGGAAAGGAUGAACCGCUCUAAAAAUGACCAAACUGAAACUGACCGAGAACAGGAGAAACUAAUGACACAAGACAUCGUGCCAGUGGAUCGUCUCAUGGCUGAAGUAGAAAAACUCAAAGAGGAGAAGCAGCAACUGCAACAUUUGCUUGAUGCCAAAGAACAAAAGCAUAAGCCUUUAUUUUUGGAGAAAAACCAGGAAGCUGACAACAAUCUGAAGGACACUGAAGAACUGAACCAGCAACUGGAGAAGAAGGAUGCAGAGAUCAGAGAGCUGAAGAAACAACUGGACAAAAACCAGGAAGCUGACAAGAAGAUGAAGGAGGAGAAUGAAAAACUGAGAGAGGAACUGGAGAGGAAAUCAUCACGUGACAAAGACACAGUAAAACAGCUGGUGAAGCUGAAGGAAACUGAAGAACUGAAUCAGCAACUGAAGAAGAAGGAUGCAGAGAUCACAGAGCUGAAGAAACAACUGGACAAAAACCAGGAAGGUGAAAGGAAGAUGAAGGAGGAGAUUGGAAAACUGAAAUUCCAACUGGAGAGGAAAUCAUCACGUGACAAAAACACAGUAAAACAGUUACGGAGACCAGCUACCAGAAACCCAAAUACUGACAAUGAUGACCUGAUCUGGAUGGACCUGGAGAACUGGAGCCAUGAAGACAACCAAAAGAUCAGCCUCAUCAGCAACACUGGAGAGGAACACAGACUAAAGUGA